UGAUGACCUCCAAACUUCCCACGGCCUGGCCCAAGCUUCGACUUUGACUUCCAAAUAUCCUCUCCUCGGUCCUUCGCCUCCCAACUGCAUCCACAUGGCGGAUUGAGGCUGCCCAUCGCCGGCAUCUGCCCCGUCUCCCUUCCGCUCGCCUGCUCCCCUCCUCCUCUCAAGUCUCAACCCCAUCUGUUCCCCGUCCAGCUCCCCCGCCUCCACCGCCGCCGCCGCCGCAGCCAUACGACGACCCAACCUCCAUUCCGUCUCUCAGCCAUUCCUCCCGCACCUGUCCCUAGACGGGGAAGCCCUCGACUGGCUAGUAGACCCUUUUUGGCCCUGGUUAGUCGCGGGCCGCACCCACCCAGCACCCACGUCCCCCUUCCUCACCCAUCAUGGCCGACGUCCGCUCCCUCCUCCGCCAACAGCGCGCGGCCCGGCGCAUCGACCACCCCAACGCCGCCUAUACCGACUCGGGCAAGCUGCUCUGCACACUGUGUCGCGAAAACGUCAAGGCCGAGGGCCUCUGGGAGGGCCACCUGGCCGGUGAGGGCCAUAGGAAGCGGGCAGCAGCAGCUACUACUACUGCACAGCGGCAACAACACCAGCAGCUGCAGGGAGGGCACGCAGACGACGACGACAACGACGGCGGCAACAGAAACGGCAACAAGCCGCACCAGGAAGCACAGGCGCCAAUACCCUCUCAUAAGAGGAAACUGGACGCCGCCAUGGCCGACGACGGCGACGACGGCGACGGCGACGGCGACAUGGUCAUGGACGAUGCCGUGCGGAGGAAACGCAGUAGACCUGACAUCUCCGCCCUGGGCAGCAUCAGCGAAGACGGGGCCGACGUCGACUCCACGACCGCGGUGACACCCGCGAGCCGGAAGGGCAGCAGCGGCAGCAGCGGCGCCAAGGACGCCAACCUCACUCCGCCCACACUGGCCCGCCGCCUGUCUACAACGCCUUCACAAGGCGUCGAGCUGCAGAUUCCCUCCCGGCCCGCCACGCCCUCGCGCCGCGACGGCUCCGGCUCCGGCUCCACACCGACGCCGGGUUCCAAUGGCGGGGGCGGCAGCGGGCUCUCCUCCGUCGCGGCACCCCAACCCACCGCCGGGGCAUUGUCCCUGCCGUCACGACGCGCCAGCGGUCUCGCCGCGACGCUCGCCUCCGCCACCGACGCAACCGACGCAACCGAUGCACACCGCCCGAGCCCUGUGGCGCCUGAAGUCGACGAGUCCGAGUGGGCCGCCUUUGAGGCCGACAUUGCCGCCGCCGCCGCCGGGGAGGGACGGAACCCCCCUAUGGCCACGUCCUACUCCGCCGACGCCGUCAUCUCCGCACCCGCCAUGACCGCUGAGGAAUCCGCCGCCGCCGCCGCAGCAGCAGAAGGGGGUGACAGCGAUGCCGGUGGUCGCAGAACAAAGGCCGACCGGGACAUCGAGGACGAGCGCGAGGAUGCAACGCGCGCCAUGGAGGACGAGUUCGAAGAGAUGCAGGAGCUCGAGCAGCGUGUCCGCCGGCUCAAGGAGCGGAGGGAGGCGUUACUGCGCAAGCGGAGCGAGAGUCAGGGCCAGGAGGCCGCUGCCGCCGCUGCCGCCGCCACGGGGUCGGCUGGAAAGGGCAACCCGGGCAAGGAGAACCUCCAGGGUUCCGCCGUGGUCGAAGAGGACGAGGACGAAGAGGAAGGGGAUGAAGAAGACGAGGACGACUGGGAUGGGUUCCGAUUCCGUACGUCAUAGGAUAAGGGGGGGAGGGGGGCCGACAGCUUGAAGCGACAUUGUAGAAAGUACUCUUGUACAAAACUUAGUGUACAUGUCAACAAUAUGGGGUGGCGUUUCCGGUUGCUUUGCGUCAGCACAUUAUGCCUACGA